AUGGCGAUGGUUAUGACUGGCCGUGUGCUGCUGGUGUGUGGCCUCUGCGUGCUGUGGUGCGGUGCCGGCGGAUUUUAUGCGAGGGAUGUCGACAGCAACGCAGUGGGUGGUUGUACGACGUCGGGAGAGUUGGGCACGGGUUUGUCUCAUGUGUCGAGCGGAUGUAAUAAACCGGGGAUUACGGCGCCAUUGCGGUCAACGUUGCCCGUUACUGCCGUUGAGGCGUCGGGUGAAGAAAUUAAUUCUGUUACAAUGCAGAACGAUUUGGGUUCAAGUGAAAUUUCCAACGCUGCUGGCCCUGGUCCCGCUGGACUCGCUGAUGCUGCUGGUGCUGCUGGUGCCGGGGUUCCUGGUGGUGGUGGUGGAACUUCUCUUGGAGGUGGUGGCACCGAUGAAAUUCCUUCGGGUUCUUCUGGAGGUAAAAAUGAGCCUGCUCCUCCUCCUCCUUUAGAAACAGAAAACGAAGCAUUGCGAGUUACAACAGUCGGAGAAGAUGAAGCAAAAAAAGCACCCCAAAAUCACGAUAAUUCAGUCGAACACCAGUCUGGACAAAAUCAAGAGCAUCUACACGAAGAGGAACGGGAAGGAGAACAUCUACAAGAAGAAAUACGAGAUCAGCAAAAAAAACAGGAACAGCAGGAAGAAGAGCACGAAGAGAGCAUAAAACAAGAAAAAGAACAAGAGGAAAAACAACAUCAACAGCAUGAAAAUGCUGCGGAAAACAGCGAAGAACCCACAAAAAACGAAACUGCCGUUGGUACAAAUGCCACCGCUUCAACUGGCGACAGUGACGGCAGCACCAGCGCUGUCUCGCACACCACCUCCCCUCUUUUGCUUCUUCUUCUUGUUGUGUGUGCGGCUGCGGCUGCGGUGGUGGCCGCGUGA